CUGGAGAUCCAGGGGAUGAAGGCCUCGCUGGUGGAGGAGGGGGAGCAGGGGGUGGGCCUGGACUCCACCGGUUUCUACGACCAGGAGAUCUACGGCGGCAGCGACAGCCGCUUCGCCGGAUACGUCACCUCCAUCGCCGCCAACGAGCAGGAGGACGACGAUGAAGACGACACGUCCACCAGCCUGCUGGGGCAGAAGAAGCCCGGGUACCACGCGCCCGUCGCCAUUCUCAACGCCAUUCCUCAGUCAGACGAGCAGCUGCUCAUCCUGAAGAACCUGCAGAGCAACACCCAGCAGCACCUGGACCUGGUGGCCGAACUGGUCUCCGAGAGGGAUCCUGCCGAGCCAUCAGAGGGCCUUGAGCCUCCUCUAAGAAGCUCUGGGCCUCCUCCAGAGGGCCUUGGGCCUCCUUUAGGAACCUGUGGACCUCCUCCAGGAAGCUGUGGGCCUCCUCCAGAGGGCCUUGGGCCUCCUUUAGGAACCUGUGGACCUCCUCUAAGAAGAACCUGUGAGCCUCCUCUAAGGGGCUUUGAGCCUCUGGGAAACCGGGCCGAGGACCAGAUUGGAGGGGCCGAAGUUGGAGAGGUCGCCCAUCCUGGUCAACUAGAAGCUGAGAGCAGAGGCUCUGUUCAGCGUUUCCCGGCGAGGCCCCGCCCCCCCAGCAGCAGCCUGCGGGACGAGGUGGAGCGGCUGUCGGCCGUCCUCUCCCAGGCCGACGCCCCUCCGGACCCGCCCCCCCGCCCGGAGUCUCCGCCCCCCCGCCCGGAGCAGACCGUGCUGCUAGACGCCACCAUGGACAUCACGCUCGGCGCCACCGCCGCGGCCGCCGAGAUCGUCGCCGUGGAAACCAAACCCAAGAGGAGGAGGAGGCCGAAGGGCGCGAGGCGCCGGGAGGAAAACGGGUCAUGUGACGCCACCGACCCGUCACAUGACCCGCCGGAGCCCCCAGCCGACUACGUGGGGCAGAGGCUGCGGGAGAAGUCCUUUGAUCCCGCCGGGAGGGCCUCCAGCGUAAUGGACGAGCUGGCUCACUACGAUCUCGCCAUCAGCGUCGCUCUGUGGUGGUUAAACCGGGAGGAAUUAAACCGGGAGGAAUUAAAACGGGAGGAAGGACAGGGCGGUGUCGACACAGGCAUCAUAUCGGAGCUGAGCGGACGUCUGUUUCUGUUCCAGAGCCGCCUGCCGGUGGAAGAGAUCCUGGAUCUGUACAAACGGAAACCAGCCGCCUGCUUCCCCGGCCCCCAAACACAGCCCCCGUUUCCCAGCAGCCUUUGCCGGAACGUCACGGUUUCUCGGAUCCCCAAAUUAGGCAAAAGCCAGAACGUCCCGAAGAGCAAAUCGGAGAGCCCGACGGACCUGGAGGACUACUUCACGGAUCCCACGGAGGAGAGCCGACGGGACUCCAAGAUCACAUGCAGGAAGUCCAGAACCAAGACCAGGAAAACCUCCAGGGGAGCCCCGAGACCUCCAGAUUCUGGUCUGAGUCCUGCUCACCAGAGCAACGAGGAAGAGGAGAUCCUCAGAGGUCCGUCAGAACCCCAUGAGAUCUUUAGAGGUCCUGCAGAACCCCGGGAGAUAUUUAGAGGUCCGUCAGAACCACGGGAGAUCUUUAGAUGUCCGUCAGAACCCCGGGAGAUCCUCAGAGGCUCACAAGAACCCCGGGAGAUAUUUAGAGGUCCGUCAGAAUCCUGGGAGAUAUUUAGAGGUCUUUCAGAACCUCGGGAGAUCUUGAGAGGUCCGUCAGAACCCCGGGAGAUCUGUAGAGGUCCUUCAGAACCCCGUGAGAUAUUUAGAGGUCCGUCAGAACCCCAUGAGAUCUUUAGAGGUCCGUCAGAACCCCAUGAGAUCCUCAGAGGUCCACCAAAACCCCGGGACUUCCUGUCUGGAGCAAAGGAGUCUUUGGGCGGGGCCAGGAGGACCAAUCACAGGCCGAGAUGCAGGGGAACGUUUGUCAUCUCCGUGACCCCCGACAGCCCCUCCCGGACCCUGGAACGGGUCCCGAACCCGGAGGCCCCGCCUACAAAGACCUCGUCCAAGAAGACCCAGCCCAUAGAGGCCCCGCCCACAAAGACCCAACACAUAGAGGCCCCGUCCACAAAGACUCAACACAUAGAGGCCUCGCCCAUAGAGGCCCCGUCCACAAAGACCCAACACAUAGAGGCCCCGCCCACAAAGACCUCAUCCAAAAAGACCCGGCCCAUAGAGGCCACGCCCACAAAGAGUCGGCCCAUAGAGGCCACGCCCACAAAUACCCAUUCCACAGAGGCUCCGCCCACUGAGGCCCCGCCCACAAAGACCCGGCGCUCCAGGAAGCGGCGGCGAGCAGAAGCCGGGGAGGCGGGCUCCUCCCGGGACGGCGGCGAGAAUCCCCACGCCCCCGAACGCCCCCGACCCUCCAAGCCCUCGAAGCGUUCCAAGAUGGCGGAGGGGGCGGAGCCUCCGCGGCUGAGGGAGACCUUCCUGGUCUUCAGGCGCCCGAGCAGCGGCGCCCUACUGCUGGAGGACGAGCUGCCGCCCUGGCAGCUCGCCGACCUCAGUGCCGUGGAAACGGAGCCCGGAAACGGAGCCGUGGCCGCCGUCGCCACGGCAACGCCCGGCAGGGCGGCGCCACUGAGCACCGUCACCAACACCCGCAGCAGCCCCGACGGAGCCCGGACCCGCAGGAGGCCCGGCCCGGUCAGCUACAAGGAGCCCCCCCUCAACAGCAAAAUGAGACGAGGAGACAAAUUCACGGAGACCACGUUCCUGAGUUCUCCACUGUUUAAGGACGGGAAGAAGAAGAAGCCCAGGAGGCCCGUGGACUGA